UCACAUCAGAAGUUGUAUCGGACGUUUUAUCUGAUGACAAUAAUCAUAACAUUAAUCAUGACAUCGAAAGUGAAAAACAAAAGGAUAUUACUUUGUCAUCUGGGGAUAUGCUUGAUGAUGUCGGAAUUCCUGAGCCCGAUAAAAUUGAUAUUGGUAAUAAUCAAUUUAGUUACGAAAGAGGAAAAAGGGAUAAGCGAAUUGAUGGCAA